GAUCAAGCUCUGGAUGUGACAAGUGUGGCAGCCGGUGGCACAGCGUGAAGGAUUGUCCAGUCAACAAGGCUUCCAGCAGAAAAGGUUUCUUGGUCGGACUCGGCACAAACAUCGCGAAGGACACGACGGCGACAGACAUCACGCUGCCACUCCCUUCGACACCAUCUGACGGCUUCGACGGCAUCUCCCGACAUCCAAGAGCAGCACCAGGACAACGACACCUGACUGCAACCAGGCAGGAAGAAGCGAGAAUCGAGGAGGAAACUCACGGCAUGGCCACUGAAGAUGACAUCGCAGGCUAUGACGGCAAGGAUCCCUGGUUCGAACAGCAUUCAGAUCCAUGGCAGCCAUCACCUCGACCUCCUACUCGGCCGCACUCGAGCGACGCCGGCUCCUGGCAGAAUAUUCCCUCGGAGCAGGCCUCGGACGCUCAUACCACAAUCUCGGACGACAAGUCCACACAGGAGCGCAUCUUCGACUUCGGCGAGGCUACGGUCUCAAAGUUCUUUCGGAACGAGGCGAAGCAUGCCAUGUUCGGGCUGGGCCUACCUAUUCAGCAGCAGCACCCUGAUCUACCCGCAGCACGAUCGACCAGCAGAGCAGAAGCAAGCUCGAGCUCGAUCGACAAGAACAACUCAGCGUUUGUCCUCAGCAUCUUCAGCGAGCGCGAGGACACCUUCGAGGCGUACCAUCUCGUCAGAGGUCGACAGCGCAAGGGAUUCAUCAUCGACCCUGGAGCUGCUUCUGGCAUCUGCGGCACAGAUACGUUACUGCAGCACAAUGGCAAGGAUACUCAGAACUACAAGAUCACCCCAGGAUCAGGCAGCUUCACGGGCAUCAAUGGCAGACCCACUUCUGGACUGGGACAUGUGGCACAGAAGGCUCGGUGCUCGCGUCUCGAGCUGGUCUGGCACGGCGAUCUCAUUGGCGAGAGCGGCUCCAACUGCCCGUUCCUGCUGCCGUUGCCUCCUCUGGUUCACUAUAGAGCUCUACUCGUGCAUGGACUCACAGACGACGGCAAUGGAGCUCUCGUGCUGGCCUCCGACAGUGAUCCGUCGGACGUGCAUGUGGUCAGAGUUCUUCUCACGGACAGCAGCCACUACCUGUUGCCGACGGACGAUCCCGAAGGUCAGCAGCGCGAGGAACCAGCUGUUUCAGCACAAGUGGUCGAGAUGCUGAUGCACACAGUGAAGAACAUCAACGCCAAGAUCCUCAAGGUUUAUAUGGAGGACAGUUUUCCAGACUACCUCUCCAGUGAGCACGUGGCGUGGCUGAAACAGAGAUACAAGGACAUCCCAGAGGAGUUCUACACCAAGACAGGCUACGAGGUUGUGACUCCAGACAGUUUCGACAAGUGGAACCCCGAGCAUCGGAAGCUGGUGAGCAAGGGUCAGACCGUCUUCAAGCCUAUAGUUAAGCUCUCAUCUCCAGAUUGCAGGCUAUGGACAGCCAUGAGCAACAUGCGAGGAUCUGGAGUUGCAGCAGCCGGACGACAAGCAGAGUUUCCUAUGUUGGAGUGGCUUCAUCACGACAACGUCGUCCAAUAUCAAGACGGACAUGGCUACAUCAACGAGAACGGCUUGCGCUCCCAGCUCUGGACACAGUCACCGCUAAAGCAGAAUCAGGACAUCGUCAGCAACAGGACUCGGCGAGUCGAUGGAUGUGCUCACGGCUGUGUGAACACUAACAACGAACCGUUGGAGAAGCCCUACAGGCUCGACGCCAACAUACAGCUGAAGAAGACCAUUCGACGAUGCCCUGGUCAUGGAGUUCAACGACACGCAGUUAUUGAGGGCUCAGUACCAGGCACGAGCUCCAAGACGGCAGCUCUCACUGCAGUAUACACUCGCACGAUGUGCCGGGCACUCAUCAGCGACAUCACCUCCUUCGCGCGCAAGUUCACCUGCGCUCUGAUGUUGGCGACGCUCGUGUACAGCAACAUCGACAUACAUCACGGAG